AUGGACGACAAGUUCUACUCGGUCAUCUUUCCAGAUGUGCGGAAUUUCCGCCCCUUCACCCCUGACUCUCUGGAUGCAAUUGAUAAACGGAUUGCCAUCCAAAAAGAGAAAAAGAAGUCCAAAGAUAAGGGAGCCUCGGAACCAGAGCUUCGACCUCAGCUUGACCUAAAAGUCUCCAGGAAGUUGCCUAAACUCUAUGGUAACAUUCCCCGUGAGCUCAUAGGAAAGCCCCUGGAAGACUUGGAUCCCUUCUACAGAAAUCAUAAGACAUUUAUGGUGUUGAACAAAAAGAAAACCAUCUACCGCUUCAGUGCCAAGUGCUCCUUGUUCGUUUUUGGACCUUUCAAUCCUGUCAGAACUUUCACCAUCCGAGUCUUGGUGCAUUCAUUGUUUAGCAUGUUCAUCAUCUGCACGGUUGUUGUCAACUGUGUGUUCAUGGCUGCUGCCUCCAGUAAGGACAACAGUACAGACGCCAACAUUCCCGAGUUUAUCUUCACUGGCAUCUAUAUUUUUGAAGCAUUGAUAAAAAUAUUGGCAAGAGGCUUUAUUCUGGAUGAGUUUUCUUUCCUCCGAGAUCCUUGGAACUGGCUGGACUCCAUUGUCAUUGCAACAGCGUUUCCAUCAUAUUUCAUAAAAAAAGGUAUCAGCUUGUCACCCUUGCGGACUUUUCGCGUGUUCAGAGCUUUGAAAGCAAUUUCAGUAGUUUCAGGUCUAAAGGUCAUCGUUGGGGCCUUGCUCCGCUCGGUAAAGAAGCUCGUUGAUGUGAUGGUCUUGACCCUCUUUUGCCUGAGCAUCUUUGCCUUGGUGGGUCAGCAGUUCUUCAUGGGAAGUCUGAACCACAAAUGUGUCAGGAAGAGCUGCGUGACGGCGAAUAUUAGUGACUAUAAAGGUGAGUGCUUUGAAAAGAAAGAUUCCUCUUCUGAAGACAGAUUGUGCGGCUUGUGGAAUAGCAAUGCCUGUUCGGAAAAUUAUGAGUGUGUGUCCACUCCAGACAAUCCUGACUAUAACUAUACGAAUUUUGACAACUUUGGCUGGUCCUUUCUUGCCAUGUUCCGGCUGAUGACUCAAGAUUCCUGGGAGAAGCUUUAUCAACAGACCCUGCGCACAAAUGGACUCUUCUCAGUCUUCUUCUUCAUCGUGGUCAUCUUCCUGGGCUCUUUCUACCUGAUUAACUUAACCCUGGCUGUUGUCACGAUGGCUUAUGAGGAGCAGAACAGGAACGUAGCUGCUGAGACAGAGGCCAAGGAGAAGAUGUUCCAAGAAGCCCAGCAGCUGUUAAGGGAAGAGAAAGAGGCUCUGGUUGCCAUGGGAAUUGACAGAAGUUCACUUAAUUCCCUUGAAACAUCAUCUUUUUCACCAAAGAAGAGAAAAUUAUUUGGUAACAAGCAAAGGAAGUCUUUCUUUGUUAAAAAAUCUAGAAAAGACAAGGCUUCAGGCUCAGAUUCUGAUGAAGAGGUGAAGAAGAAGCCACACCUCCUCGAGCAAACGAAACGACUGUCCCAGAAUCUGUCAUUGGACCACUCGGAUGAGCAAGGAGACCCCUUCCAGAGGCAGAGGGCCCUGAGUGCUGUAAGCAUCCUCACCAUCACAAUGCAGGAACAUGAAAAAGCACAGGAACCUUGCCUUCCGUGUGGGGAAAGCCUCGCCUCCAAAUACCUCAUCUGGGACUGCUGUCCUCUGUGGAUACGCAUCAAGACAGCGCUGAGAGCUGUGAUGACUGAUCCUUUUACCGAGCUGGCCAUCACAAUCUGCAUCAUAGUCAACACCAUCUUCUUGGCCAUGGAGCAUCACAACAUGAACAAAGACUUCAAGAAUGUGUUGCUUAUAGGCAAUCAGGUUUUCAGUGGCAUUUUUAUAGCAGAAAUGUGCUUAAAAAUCAUUGCGCUCGAUCCCUACCACUAUUUCCGCCGAGGCUGGAACAUCUUUGACUGCGUCGUGGCUCUUCUGAGCUUUGCCGAUGUGCUGGCGAACGAGGCCUGUGGAGGCAAGUCAUGCUGGCCCUACUUCCGGGCUUCCAGAGUGCUAAGGGUCUUCAAGUUAGCGAAGUCCUGGCCAACGUUAAACACACUGAUUAAGAUCAUUGGCCACUCUGUUGGCGCCCUCGGGAACCUGACAGUGGUCCUGGCCAUUGUUGUCUUCAUUUUCUCAGUCGUCGGCAUGCAGCUUUUCGGCUCCCACUUCAAUUCUACCAAGACUAAAGACCCGUGUGACGCAGAGCCGUGUACCCUGCCCCGACGCUGGCACAUGGAGGAUUUCCACCACUCCUUCCUGGUGGUCUUCCGGAUCCUCUGCGGAGAAUGGAUCGAAAACAUGUGGGAGUGCAUGCAGUCCUCUGACAAGAAAUACCUGUGUGUCAUUGUCUUUCUACUGAUCAUGGUGAUUGGAAAACUUGUGGUACUUAAUCUCUUUAUUGCCCUGCUACUUAAUUCCUUCAGCAACGAGGAGCGAUAUGGAAACUCAGAAGGCGGGGCCAAGAAAACGAAAGUCCAGCUGGCCCUGGAUCGAUUCUACAAAGCUUUCUCCUUUGUCGUGCACACAAUUAGACAAGUUCACUGCAAGUGUGGGAAGCAAUAUUCACCAAAGCAAAAAGAAGUUACAGGAGGCCCUCCUUCCCAGAGGAAAAAUAUCAUUCCACUGGCCAUAGAGAUUAAAAGGGGCCCUGGGACCUUGGAGGAGUCUGGGGCAUUGAGCUCUGCACCAAAGGCAGUGGGUGAUGGGCAUGCGCGGACUUGGCUGGCCCCACUUGCAGAAGAAGAAUAUGAUAUUGUGUCACCUGAUGAAGAAGAUACACAACCUGAGUCUGGAAAACGGGCCUAUGAACUUCAUCAAGAACUCAAGCGACCUCCCAAGGCCGAAUUUCCAAGUGUAGAAAUGGACGUCUUUUCUGAAGAUGAUGAUCUAAGAGCACACUGCCCCCGAAAGAAGUCGGACACCACCAGCGUGCUGUCGGAGUGUAGCACUGUGGAUCUGACAGAUCCCUUUAGGAGGGAAUCUGAAAUGGUUCCCAAAAAGCAACCAGAGAGAUGUUUGCCCAAAGGUCUGGCUUGGUGCUUCCCGUGCUGUGGCUUGGCCAAGAGAACGUCCUCCUGGGUCACGUGGUGGAACCUGCGGAAAACCUGCUACCAAAUAGUGAAGCACAGCUGGUUUGAGAGCUUUAUUAUCUUUGUGAUUCUGCUGAGCAGUGGGGCGCUGAUAUUUGAAGAUAUUCACAUUGAUAACCGACCCCAAAUCCAAACAUUGCUUAAUUUUAUGGACUAUGUUUUCACAAACAUUUUUAUUCUGGAGAUGGGUCUGAAAUGGGUGGCCUUUGGAUUUAAGGUUUAUUUCACCAGCGUCUGGUGCUGGCUGGACUUCUUAAUUGUGAUUGUCUCUGUGACCAGUCUCGUCAAUCUUCAAAACUCCACAAUCUUCAAAUCAUUCCGGAUCCUACGAGCCUUCAGACCCCUUCGAGCACUGUCCCAGUUUGAAGGAAUGAAGGUGGUGGUCAGCGCUCUCAUUGGGGCCAUUCCUGCCAUUGUGAAUGUUUUGCUAGUCUGCCUCAUCUUCUGGCUCAUCUUUUGCAUUCUGGGAGUAAACAUCUUCUCUGGGAAGUUUGGAAAAUGCAUUAAUAAUACAGAUAAAAGCUCAGACGUUAAUUAUGUCAACAUUACAAACCGAAGUCAAUGCAUCAACGCCGGCAAGCCAUACUGUUGGACCUACCUCGAAGUGAACUUUGACAACGUGCCGAUGGCUUACCUCGCUCUGCUGCAAGUGGCAACAUUUAAGGGCUGGACAGAUAUUAUGUAUGCAGCUGUUGAUUCCAGAGAGCCAAAUGAACAGCCAAGGUUUGAGGACAAUAAAUUCAUGUACCUCUACUUUGUCAUUUUUAUCAUCUUUGGAUCAUUCUUCACCCUGAAUCUCUUUAUUGGUGUUAUUAUUGACAACUUCAACCAGCAGCAGAGAAAGAUAAGCGGCCAAGACAUUUUUAUGACGGAAGAACAGAAGAAGUACUACAAUGCAAUGAAAAAAUUGGGAUCCAAGAAACCUCAGAAACCUAUUCCAAGGCCACAGAACAAAUGCCAAGGCCUCGUGUUCGACCUCGUCACAAGCCAAUUCUUUGACAUUCUCAUCAUAAGUCUCAUUAUCCUCAACAUGAUCACCAUGAUGGCUGAAACCCACAACCAGUCAAAGGAACAAGCCGAGAUCUUGGAGACUCUCAACACAGCCUUUGUGGUGGUCUUUUUAACGGAGUGUCUCAUCAAAAUCUUUGCUUUGAGACAAUACUACUUCACCAAUGGCUGGAAUUUAUUUGAUUGUGUUGUCGUGGUUCUUUCUGUUGUUAGUACAAUGAUCUCUGCCUUGUCAAAACUUGACAGCAUUCCGUUUCCUCCAACACUCUUCCGGAUUGUCCGCUUGGCUCGGAUAGGCCGCAUCCUGAGACUCGUUCGCGCGGCGCGAGGAAUUAGGACUCUCCUUUUUGCUUUGAUGAUGUCCCUCCCAUCUCUAUUCAACAUCGGGCUUCUGCUUUUUCUCGUUAUGUUUAUCUAUGCCAUUUUUGGCAUGAACUGUUUUUCCAAAGUAGAUGGAAUGGACGACAUAUUCAACUUCAAAACCUUUGCCAGCAGCAUGCUGUGUCUCUUCCAGAUAACCACAUCAGCGGGCUGGGACGGCCUUCUCAGACCCAUGCUGCAAACGAACAACUCGUGUGGCCCCUCUGCAGAGACCCAUCCCCUCUCUGGCAUAGCCAUAACCUACUUCGUCACCUACAUCAUCAUCUCUUUCCUCAUCGUUGUGAACAUGUACAUCGCUGUCAUUUUAGAGAACUUCAACACAGCCACUGAGGAAAGUGAGGACCCUUUGAGUGAAGACGACUUUGAGAUAUUCUACGAAAUCUGGGAAAAGUUUGAUCCAGAAGCAACACAGUUUAUCAACUAUUCUGUCCUUUCUGACUUUGCUGACACGCUACCAGAGCCUUUGCGUGUGGCAAAGCCAAAUAAAUAUCAAUUCCUGAUGAUGGAUUUGCCCAUGGUAAGUGGGGAUCGCCUCCACUGCAUGGAUAUUCUCUUUGCUUUCACCACUAAGGUGCUGGGUGACUCUGACGGCCUUGAUAGCAUGAAAGCGAUGAUGGAGGAGAAGUUCAUGGAAGCCAACCCUUUCAAGAAGUUAUAUGAGCCCAUAGUCACCACCACCAAGAGGAAAGAGGAAGAAAGAUGUGCUGCCAUCAUCCAAAAGGCCUUUAGAAAUUACAUGGUGAAGGUGACCAAGGGUGAUUUACCGCUGCAGAGACUGUGCAAUGGAGAUGUGCCCAACUCUGUGGUAACUGAGGGCAAGGUGCAUUAUGAUUGA